CAAGGUUCGGACAAGUGACCAUGGCUUCAGGGAAAUGGGUGAAGGGGGAGGUUCCACCAGCCUCUUAAUAUCCCCCUGCAGGUUGGAGCAAUGGCAGCUCCGGGGACAUCACCUCCCUCAGCCCCAGAGGCAGCUGGUGCCGACUCAGGGGGAGGGAGUGGGGAGGCCAGGCGGCUGCCUGAGCUGAUCCAGCUGAAACGAGAUGGAGGGCAUCUGAGCGAGGCAAAUAUCAGGGACUUCGUGCACGCUGUGAUGGAUGGGAGCGCACAGGACACACAAAUCGGGGCCAUGUUGAUGGCCAUUCGGCUGCAGGGCAUGGACCUAGAGGAGACGUCUGUGCUGACUCGGGCCCUGGCAGAGUCUGGGCAGCAACUGAAGUGGCCCAAAUCCUGGCACCAGCAGCUUGUGGAUAAACACUCCACAGGAGGUGUGGGUGAUAAGGUUAGCCUGGUUCUGGCACCUGCCCUGGCUGCAUGUGGCUGCAAGGUGCCAAUGAUCAGCGGACGCAGUCUUGGGCACACGGGGGGCACACUGGAUAAGCUGGAGUCAAUUCCUGGGUUCAGUGUCACCCAGAGCCCAGAGCAGAUGCUGCUGAUUCUUGAGGAAGCGGGCUGCUGCAUUGUUGGCCAGAGUGAAAAGCUGGUGCCUGCUGAUGGAAUCCUGUACGCUGCACGAGAUGUGACAGCCACUGUGGACAGUGUACCACUCAUCACAGCCUCAAUCCUCAGUAAGAAGGCCGUGGAGGGACUGUCCACUCUGGUGGUAGAUGUUAAGUUUGGGGGGGCUGCAGUCUUCCCAGACCAGGAGCAGGCCCGCAAGCUGGCAAAGACGUUGGUUAGCGUCGGGGAGAGCCUGGGGCUGCGGGUCGCCGCAGCCCUGACUGCCAUGGAUAACCCUCUGGGCCGCAGUGUGGGUCAUACUCUGGAAGUGGAAGAAGCGUUGCUUUGCCUGGAUGGUGCGGGGCCGCCGGAUCUACGGGAACUGGUCACUAGGCUAGGGGGCGCCAUCCUUUGGCUUAGCGAACAGGCGGAAACCCAAGACCAGGGCGCCGCUCGAGUGGCCGCGGCCUUAGAUAACGGCUCUGCGCGGCGCCGCUUCCAGCUGAUGCUUUCGGCGCAGGGCGUGGACCCACGCCUAGCCAGAGCGUUGUGCUCCGGGAGCCCCACGCAACGCCGACAGCUGCUACCACACGCCCGAAUGCAAGAGGAGCUGCUCGCACCUGCAGACGGCACUGUGGAGGGCGUUUUAGCGCUGCAGCUUGCCCGUGUGCUGCACGAGCUCGGAGCUGGACGCUGCCGAGCUGGGCAGCCGAUCAGGCCUGGAGUGGGUGCUGAACUGUUGGUCGACGUGGGCCAGUGGCUGUACCGCGGGACCCCUUGGCUCCGCGUGCACCUGGACAGCCCUGCGCUCAGCAGCCAGCAGCGCCGCGCUCUACAGGGGGCGCUCGUAUUGUCAGAUCGAGCACCCUUCAAGGCUCCUUCACCCUUCGCUGAGCUAGUCCUCCCAUCGACCACCGCACAGCCUUAAAACUCGACCCCACCGCACCCGGGUGGGU